AAAAAAAAAUUCAUGUCGUUUGGAUUUUGGAGCACAAAGUUAUGGUUGUCCAAAGUUUGACGAAAUCGGAAAUAAGCUCGUUCGGGGUAGCAAACGACAUUUUUUGGGACGAAGGCGGGACCAAACCACAUUCGGAAGUCUUCGGCUUGCAAGAUCUCAAAAAGUUAUGCGGAAUAAAAAAAAAUCGCGACGAUCGGAUAUCCGAACACAAAGAUACGUCCGUUUGAAGUUUCCACCUAGGUUAGGAUUUUUCAAAAAAAAAAAAAAGCAGAUCGCAUGGUGGGGGUGCGAUCUGCAACCAAACCGCAUGGUGGGGGUGCGGUCUGCAACCAAACCGCAUGGUGGGGGUGUGAUCUGCAAAACCGCCCCCUAGGGGUGCGGUUUUCAUCGAAAAACGCGCCCCUGGGUGGCGAUUUUUGCCUAAACCGCACUGGUAGGGAGCGGUUUUUGGGAAAGGGUGCUAUUUUUGGAAUUUUUCGGACUUAGGUGCUAUUUUUGGAAAAAAAAAUUAAACAGUGCUAUUUCUGGAAAAAUCCCUUUUUUAAACGGAUUUAUUAAGAUGAGAAAUGGGGAGAGCCCAAUGGAAAGAACCACAUACAUCAAACAACAAGGAAAAAGAGAAAUUAAACAGAAGCCCAAAAAAACAUAAGUCCGGAACACAACUAGCCCAGGUCAUUGGGACCAACAACAUGAAUAAUUUCUAAAAACCCUAGUUGAAAGAUACAACACCUCUUUGAUGCAGCCACCAACACCCACCAUCCACAAACAAGGGAGGAGGAGCCUCAAAGAGACCCAAGACGGUGAUACAAAAAAGCCCAACCCAGAUGGAGGUCUCGUGAAAGCAAAUGCAGACCCACCUGCAACUGACCUCGGUGGACCCAAAGCAUUCAUAAUGACCACAAUCUGCAAGAGAAUCUUCAGAAUAGAAGGACAACCAAUGGUGAAGCUUAGAGGAGGGUCUAUGUCUUCAAGCUCUUCAAAUUGUGUCCAAGCCAAGGCCACAUCUGCGAAACAUCAAAAUCUGCAAGGUGAAACAAGGAGGUAAACAAGGGAAAGAUGAGGAGAAAACAAGCUAGAUCUGGAUAGAUCCAACAUGAAUAAAGUGUGAAAUCAGAGAGAAGGCAGAGCAAGGCCUUUCCUAUAUUUAGAGAGAGAGAGUAUGAUUCUAGUAAAGUUCCACAAAUCAAUAGAUGUGCCCAAAUAAAGCACAUCAUGACGAGUCGAAAAUAGUUAAUGACUUAUGCUCUGAGUGUUGCGAUCCUAAAUGGUUGUGCAUUUUCAUAAUACUCUUUCCCUUUUGGAUCUACUAGUUAGUUUGAAAGGUUAAUAACAUUUUGUACCCAUCUACUAUAGUAAAUUAACAAACGUACCCCUCUACUUUGCACAAAUAUACCCUUCUAUUAUUAAACGUAACGAUUUUACUCUUCCAUCUAAUUUUUUGUUAAAUAGCCGUUAAUGGGGCUGUAAAUUUACUCAAUUACCCCUCCCUUACUCAAAACACUCCUAAUUUUGGUUUUAAUUAUUUUAUAUCCCAAUUCAAUUAAUUAAAUAAAAAUCAAACCCCUGAACCAAUUCACACUCACUCGACCCCAAAGCGUCCAUGUCCCCUGAUAAUUAAUCCCUCAACUCCGUGGUCGCACCUGCUCCCGACAUCUUAUCGCCGAAGGUUGGAGAGAGAGAACUGAUCUGCGAAACCAAACCCAUGUACAGUGUUUCUUUACCUCCUUCCCGACAUAAGCCGAAUUCUCAUAAGAGACCAAAUAGCCUUCUCCCAAUGCACUUUAACACUUGCAAUUGCAAAUUCUUGUUUACCGUCCCAUAUUUAUUUCCCAGCAUACAAAGAAUAGAAAGAAGAAGAGAAUUUGAAGACUCCAAAAGGCACCCAAAAGAUAUCAGAGAAAACCCCUUUAAAGAUAUGUAUUUGUUUUAGCCGAUAGAGAUAUCGUCGCUAUAUUUUGACAGUGGGGAUCGACCGGUUAGUUUGUUGGUUCCCGCAUCUCCUAGCCGGCGGGUGGAAUAGAGAGAACCGAUCGUCGCGGGAGAAGCUGGGAAACUGAUUAAGGGUGAAGUCAGAAUGUCACUUGUGAAUUAGUUUAGGGUUUGAUUUUUUAAUUAAUUGAUUUUAGGUUUGAUUUUUUAAUUAAUUGAUUUUGUACAAAAAAUCAUUAAAAUAAAAUUAGGAGUGUGUAGAAGUAAAUGAGGGGUAAUUGGAUAAUUUCACAGCCUUUUAACGGUCACUUAACAGAAAAUUAGAUGGAAGGAUAAAUUUGUUACGUUUUAAUAUUAAAAGGAUAUGUUUGUGAAAAAAAAUUAGUAGAGGGAUACAUUUAUUAAUUCACCAUAGUAGAGGUACAAAAUGCUAACCAUAAUUUGAAACUCAUUCCUAAUGGAUGAAAUCAAUCAUGACCUAUAUCAUAUACCAAAAGCAUUUGACAUCUCAUUUGAAUAAUAUAAUUCAGAUCCGGCUUAGUGUUUUCUCAUCUCCGUUCGUUCUCAACUACAUCUCAUAACUUUGCUUCUUGUCAUGUUUUCUGUAUGGAACUACAAUUUUAUGUUGAAUGUUAAUUUUCCCAAGAGGUUUUAAUGAAUCAGAGUGAAUUGU